AUGUCCAUGACUACCAGCCAAGCCUUUUAUGGGUGGAUUGCAUUGGAUGGAUUGCGGUUGAUGAGCACAUCCAGCUCUAGCCACUUCCUCCAGUGUCCCGUUGCGGAGGUGUUCCACAGGCUCCUGCUUCACCCAGAUCUGAAGUUGCGUGCAGUUGAGGACUUCCUCAAUCCCAUUGUAGACUUGGCAAAGAGGGCGCCAAAGGUGAAACAGGUUGUCCUCUUCGAUGAACUGAACACGUCUUCCAUCCUGGGUAUUCUCAAAGACAUCAUGGUUGAUCACACCCUGAACGGAGAGCACUUGCCAGACAAUGUGUUUUUCGUGGGCUGUAUCAAUCCAUACAGGCCCUCAGAGCAAGCCGACGCUGCAGGUUGCCAGACCGAGUGUCACCUGUCUCACCGGGAGGAAUACUUUGUGCACAAACUGCCCAUGUCCAUGAUGGCACUUCGAUGGACAUAUCCACCGCUUGCGCACCAAGAGCUUCAAGAGUUCGUCCAGCUGAAGAUGAAGCUCCAGUUCAAGGGGGAGUCUUUCCUGGAUGAUGCCUUGGAGGCCAGGUUUGCAAGCCUGAUCUGCAAAUGCCAGGAGCUGUUCAUGAGCAAUGUGGGCCAGAGCUCCGUUAGCCAGCGUGAUAUUCAUCGCUGUCUGGUCGUCCUUGACUACUUUCAGAAGCAUUGGCCCGGACACGAGAGGGCCAACGUCAAGGUGAUGCGGUGUAUUCUGCUGGCUGUUGCUGUGGUCUACCAUUUCCGGCUAUCUGAUGUGGGCAUCUAUGGAUCGGGCGAUGACGGAGUCACAGGAAACGAGUUGAAGCAACGAAUUUCGGAGAUGGUGCGUGACAUCGGCCUGAACUUUGAAGAUGAGGUAAAUGCUGGGGUGGACACCUACAUCACGGAGCAACACUUCAAGCUGCCAGAAGGUGUCGCCCUGAAUCGGGAUCUCAAAGAGAACUUGUUUGCCAUGCUGAUCACUACGGAAACCAGGCUUGCAAGCUGCAUUCUCGGCUCUCCUGGAAGAGGAAAAACCCUUGCUUUUGAAGUGCUGUCGCAGAACUUGCGGGGUGUUCAAUCUCCAAGAGACUUCUGCAAACGCUUCAUGACUGUGGAUCCGUUCAUUUAUCAGUGCUCACCUGAAAGCACGGCCACGGAGAUUGAGCAUAUCCUGAGUGGAGCCACGCGCCGAGAGCAGAUGUACCAGCAGCAUGGUGGCAAAGAUCGAUGCGUGCCUUUCUUCGAUGAAGCACAGCUGCCACAGGAGAGUCGCAUGGUCAUGAAACCACUUCAUGAUGUUCUGGAUGAGAGGCAACUGGCAACGGUCAUCGUUUCUGGCAGCCCGCUGGAUGCAGCCAACAUGAAUCGGAUGCUCACCUUCGUGCGGCACCAGCAAACCUUGCAAGACUUUGAGCAGAUGGGUACAGGGGUGCUGGGCACUUCCUUGAAAGGCAUGCAGCAGCCUGCACGAACGAGGUCGAUCCUACGUGGCUUGGCACGUGGAUUCCAUGAUAUCGUGCGUGAUGUUGGCUUCAACAUGGUCUUCUUCGAACGCCACUACAUCUCACUGCUGCGGCAUCUGCGUUGGCACUGUAUUCUCAAGAAAGGUUUUCUGAGUUCUGAACGUGUGCGUCGGGCCAUUGAAGAAAACUUUCAGGCUCCAGGGGUGCGCAUCCAGGAUGUCGUGGACAUUUUCUUCCAGGCCAUCGGCCAUGAGCUUUCACGUAUUGGAAGUGGCCAGCACGAGUUCUCGAAUUCCAUCGGCACGCAGACAUACCGCGGCUGCCUGGACUUGGCCAAGGCUUGCAUUUAUGGAGAUCGACAGCGAUGCAUGACGCAAGGCAGCCCACACCUGGCUCCACGGUUCUGCAUGCUACUUGACUGCACAUGCAUGCUUGGAAUCUUUCUCGAGCUUUGA